AGAGGCACAAAGUGAAGCCACAUUGCCAAACUUGCCCGGCGAUUGCAGCAGCGAGCGGCGGCGGCGCCCUGCGUGUGCGGCUCAGCGGCGGGGACCGAGCUCUGCAGCUCCCCUCCCGGGAAGCGGGAGCGGGAGGAAGGACCUGGGCAGACGCCUCUCAUAGCAAUAUCUAUAUUUUUCCAGCCUGGGCUGCCCCUUGCCGGGCGGGGGGCUCCCUCCAGCGCUCCCGACAGCCGGCGAGAGGGCGAGCGCUGUGCUUGUUUCUUUGCAAGGAGACCUCUUCAGGCACCCCGAGCGGCGCUCCCCGGCCUUUUGCAAUAUAGAGGGGAAGCAGGCCAUGGUGAACCCCGGCGGCAGCGCGCAGCCGCCCCCGGUCACGGCGGGCUCCCUCUCCUGGAAGAGGUGCGCCGGCUGCGGGGGGAAGAUCGCCGACCGCUUCCUGCUCUACGCCAUGGACAGCUACUGGCACAGCCGCUGCCUCAAGUGCUCCUGCUGCCAGGCCCAGCUGGGGGACAUCGGCACCUCCUGCUACACCAAGAGCGGGAUGAUCCUCUGCAGAAACGACUACAUCAGGUUAUUUGGAAAUAGUGGUGCUUGCAGUGCCUGUGGACAGUCCAUUCCUGCUAGUGAGCUGGUCAUGAGGGCACAGGGCAACGUCUAUCAUCUUAAGUGUUUUACAUGCUCUACCUGCCGGAAUCGCCUGGUCCCUGGAGAUCGGUUUCACUACAUCAAUGGCAGUUUAUUUUGUGAACAUGAUAGACCUACAGCUCUCAUCAAUGGCCAUUUGAAUUCACUUCAGAGUAAUCCACUACUGCCAGACCAGAAGGUCUGCUAAAAGGUCAGAGUAAUGCAGAAUGCGUGCCUUCAUCUCAAAUUUUGUUCAUCACAGAUGGAUCCCAUGUCUCCAAGUAGACAAGUCACCUUUGUAGCUAGCAUCAAUGCCAGCUCCAUACCAUUGCACCUUCUUUAUUCUUGAUUGCCCUUCCCACAUUUAUUGGUGUAUUAAAAUGACUGAAUAUGAACAUUAAGGACUCCAUGAACCUGGGCUAAUGGGAGACUGUAGAGAAAAUGAAAAAAGAUCCACCGGAGGACAUCUUUGGGGGGGGCGGGAGGGGAAGAUGACUAAUGAAGCUAAUUAAAAGAAGCAUUGAAAUCUGCUUUCUACCCUCAUUAACAAUUAGCAGGGCACUGGCCAGUUUGUACCCUGUGUUUUACCUUAACAACAUUCUAUUUGCUCUUUGUAUAUUUAAGUGUUGUAAGGAAAUGUGUUUCAAUCAAACUGAACAUGAGAUAAAAGAUGUGGCUUUUGUGAUAUUCUAUCACAAACACUUUUAUUGUAUCUCUGUAAAAUACAAUGUAUGUAUGCAUGUAAGUGUUUUUGUCCUAAUGUUGCUACUUCCCAUGGCAAAAAAAAAAAAAGAAAAAAAAGAAAAAAAAGUCAGGCUCAUAGCAGCUACUGUGUAGAAAUUUUCACCUACUUCUAAUUUGCUGAAUGAAGAAAAAUCUUUUAUUUGUGAUAUUUUCAGAGACAUUUGCUCUAGUAUGGUGUAUUUAAAUAAUAAAAAGUAAAACAAACAAAA